AAACUGCCAGGUGUCUGGGACUCAGCCCACCUCCGCGGAAAGUCAGGCCCAGCAGGCUGGGCACCGGCCAGGGAGGCCAGGCCUGGCAGCUCAUUACCCUGGGAGGGAGGGCAGUUUCUCCCCCUCGCCCGGCCUCUUCCUCCUCCCUUUCUCCCUCUCUCCCUGGCCUUCUUCCUUGCUGGCUCCUCUCCUGCGGGGUCAGACAGAGCCCAGGCUGAUCGCAGGCGGAGACCUGAGGCCCUGCCGCCGCUCCAGGAACCCAGACGCACGGGGCAAGUGAAGACCCCGCAGCUGCCUGUAGCCAUGUCCGCCCUCGGCCUGAUCCUCCUGGGCCUGCUCACGGCAGCGUCUCCUGCCAGCUGCCAACAAGGCGUGGGGAGACUCCAGCCCUGGAUGCAGGGCCUCAUCGCCGUGGCCGUGUUCCUGGUGCUCGUGGCCAUCGCCUUUGCCGUCAACCACUUCUGGUGCCAGGAAGAGUCGGACCCUACGAACGUGGUCAUGACCGUGGGAAACAAGUCCGAUGGGGUCCUGGUAGGCAUGGAUGGCAGGUACUCCUCCACGGCGGCCAGCUUCAGGUCCAGCGAGCAUGAGAGUGCCUACGAGAACGCCCUGGAGGAGGAGGCCAAGGUCCGCAGCACCCCCAUGUGACCCCGGCUCGCCUGUCGCCCCAGCCCGAGGCUCGCGGGCGCCUGUGGUCUCUGCUCAGUGCCACCAUCCAAGCCACUCCUUCUCUGUGCGGGGAUCUGCAAUGGUGGGAGACCCCCCCACCCAUCUCCUCCAAAUCAGAGCCAGCCAGGGUUGGUGCUCAGGCCAUGUCCAGGCCUGGGGUCUUCCAGGAGUCUCCCCGCAGGGCAGAAGAGCCUUCCGAAGGGGACAGCCCACUCAACACCACCCGCCCGCCUCACAGCUCCUCCCUGACUCGUGUGGAAGGGCCCUUAUUUCUGUGAAAUAAAGACUUUUUGUACUCCUGGG